AUGGAUUCGUCGAGCUUGAGGCAGGGGAAAAGUGAGGAUGGUGAGUCAAAUACUAGAGAGGUUGAGAACUCUACAUUCCCAGCGGGUCAAAGCAAUGCAAACCAGGGCCGCACUUCCCCAUUGUCAAAGAACUCGAGUGACAACGAGGGUGUAAACAGCACUCCAGUCUCUGCUGGAUUGACUGUACAGGAAAAGAAAAGCCGGUUGGUUGCGGAAGAGAUUGAUAGGAUGGGCAUGGGGAGGUAUCAGUGGUAUAUUUGGAUUUUAUGUGGCUUGGGGUAUUUUCUGGAUCUUCUUUGGGCGCACGCGUUUGGCUUGAUCGCACCUGUCAUGCAAACGGAGAUGGGAAUUAGUGAUGUGCAAUUGGGACGCCUGUUCACGGUAGUCAAUGCAGGUUUGACAGUUGGAGCUUUAGUAUGGGGUGUUCUGGUGGAUAUGAUUGGUCGCAAAUGGGCCUUCAAUGGUACGGUCUUCAUUACCUCGGCCUUUGGUCUUUGUAUGGGAGCACCAAGUUCGUAUAAAGUUCUCCUUGUGCUGGUUGCAUUUACAGGUUUUGGUAUCGGAGGAAACAUUCCGAUAGACACAACAAUUGCUCUGGAAUUUCUUCCUCGGAAAAAACGGUUUCUUUUGGCACUUCUGUCGAUUUUUCAGCCGAUUGGAGUCGUAGCUUGCAGUGGCAUAGCUUACGCAUUUAUACCAAAUUAUUCUUGCGCGAUAGGCCUCCCAUCAUGCAAAGCAAAGGACUUGGCAACUGGAACUGAAUGCUGUGCCAGAGAAGACAAUAUGGGAUGGCGAUAUCUCUUGUUUACCCUGGGCGGAAUAUCUUUCUUCAUAUUCAUAAUCAGGUUCUUCAUCUUUACUUUUCAGGAGUCACCUAAAUAUCUUCUUAGCAAAGGGAGAGACGAGGAAGCUCUGGAAGUACUGCAAGUAAUUGCGAGGACGAAUAAGAAGACCUUAACCAUAACCAUGGACGAUUUCAGGGCAUUGGAUAAUCUUGAGAACCUUCAGUCUCUCAUAUCGGCUACUUCUGGUAACGCUCGUCUUCAAGGGGGGGCUACUCCCGGUGGUUUGACUCUACGUCAAAAGACUGUGAGGGAGUUUAAGAGAGUUGGCAUAUUAUUCGAAACAAAGAGCAAGGCGCGAGUCACCAUCUUGAAAGGUGCAUUUCUUCCCACAAUUUUGGCUCGAAAGGGUUUAAAACAUAAGAUUGGGUACGCCGAGACUUACCGCAACUUUGUCAUCAUAUAUCUGCCGGGUAUUGUAGGCGUAAGUUUAGGAGCUGCUAUGGUAAGAGUGCCUCGUGUAGGAAGACGCCUUUCCAUGAUCUUCUCAUCUGCAUUGAUGGCCACAUCAUUCUUUCUUUUUUCGGCAAUCGAUACUGAAGCAGCCAACGUAGGACUGAGCGUCAUGGAAUACUUCUUUCAGUCCAUGUUCAACUCGGUCUUAUAUGGCUGGACACCGGAAGCUUUCCCCGCAUCAGUGAGAGGGACAGCUAGUGGAAUGGCGAGUUGUUGGGGAAGACUGUUCUCUAUUUUCAGUCCUAUGAUCGCGGCGAGACUACUGGUGAUAAGUCUUAAUGCGCCGUUGUUCUUGGCGGGGGCAGGGACGUUCGUUGCCUUUUUGGGCGUUAUAAUGUUGCCUGAUGAUGUGAUGAAGGGGAAUGAAAUCUAG